UUUUUACUUCGUUGGCUUCUUGAUGGCAUUGUGGCUACUGGCAAACAAUGCAGACAAGAAAGGAGCAUAAGUGGAUGGGCUCUGCAGGGAUUUGUUUUCAAAACGUUCUCAGUAACCGCCAUCCAUGAGUGUGAUAUGAGUUGUGAAAGAGAAAUCACCUGCCAAAGUUACAACUACGUAAUCGGAGAAAAGUCCUGUGAAUUUCCUUCGAGACCCUUCACGGUUUUACCAUAAACGUUUGGUAGACAGGGGUAUGUAAUUUUAUGAGAAUUAUUUAUUUAUUUGUUUGACAUCAAGUAGAAACCAAUUAAACCUUGGAUUAGAAUAAUUUUCACAUCUAUCCAGCGGUCACCUCUGUUAAGUAAUUAGCAUUCUUGAGCAAGUUUUUGUACAUUAAGUGGUCAAUUAAGGCAUCAAAUAUCGAUUUUUGUGGUUAUUUUAAAAUUCUCUCACUAUUCUCUGGAACAUGUCCUUAGCGGUCAGCCUAUAUUUAGCGGUCACCCCUACAUUCCUGGUGGGUGACCGCUUAUUACAGGUUGGACUGCAGUUCUUUCAUCUGCACAGAAGGGUAAAUCGAAAAUUAACAUGUCAAAAAUGUCGAGGAAUUCACUUUUCAUAAAAGUUGAAAAACAACAACUGUGACCAAAUCCUUAUUCUUUUGAGCAUUUUUUCCUUAUAAACCCUUGAUAUGCAUAAAAGUCCUGAUGCAAUUCAUAGAGUCCUACAGAUAUCGACUACAGGGGAAGAAUUCAGUUCAAGUUAUUCGAGAAUCAUUGAGCUUUGGAGCAACAACUGAUCUCAGAAUGUUUCAAAACUGUCAAUGCAUUGUUUGUUUCUUUGCUUUCUUUCCAUCACAGCUGCUUUGGGAUCAAUUCCUAAGCUGCCCGCAAGGUCUUGCUGGGAAAUAAAGGCGAGUGAGGGAUUAGACGCCAUCAGCAAGAAAUAUUGGUUGGAUCCACUUGGAACUGGAGAGUAUGUCUUUGAGGUAUUUUGUGAUCAAAAGACAUCCAGUGGAGGAUGGACUGUAUUCCAGAGGAGAGUGGACGGCUCGGUUGAUUUCUUCCUUGACUGGACUGACUACAAGCAUGGCUUCGGUAAUUUGAGUGGUGAGUUUUGGCUCGGACUGGACAAGAUUCACCGUCUGAUCUCUGAUCAUAACAACGUGCUACGUGUGGACCUUGAAGACUUUGAAGGGAAUACUGCUUAUGCUGAGUAUAAUAUGUUUGGUGUUAUGAGCGAGGAAAACAAGUACAAGCUGAUUCUUGGUGCCUGCUCAGGUAAGAAAAAAUGUUCUGCUUGCAAGGAGAGUGGAGGUUGGAAAAUAAGUAAAGUGGAAGGUACCUAGAUUCUGUUACGAUGAAUCAUACUUAUGUGCCGAUAAAUUCAAAGCUUCAUCAUCCCCACCGGGCACUUCAUGGGCGUUAGAUUGUCAUUCGUACCUGGGGGAGUGGAAAUUUGAACAGGAAGUUUCAAGUCUUUCCAGCGGAAUACAAGUGUCUUAUUUUUUAAUAUGGAGGUAUUUAAAGGUAAAGAGUUCACUUUCACAAGCGAAUGGCUCAGAAGGAGAGGUCUACAAGGUCCGGGCUUUAAAGCCUGGUUAACGUAUAGAAAGAAAGGGUCGCUAAUUUGUUUCUCGACAAACAAAUUUGAUGAAUUAGGUGAUGAUUUCUUUUCAAAGAGUCGUCAACAACACUAUUAUUGAAUGGAUUAAUAAGAUUUUUCAAGAUCAAUUAUGUUUACCUCAUUGAAAAUGUUCUCAAUAGGGUGGUGACUUUUACGGCUAACGGUUAAAAUUUUUGCAAAUUUAAGGCUAACGGUUCAUAUCUUUUCAUUGUGGCUACCAAAAAAAAACUUUACGGUUAAUUUUUUUACGACUAACAGUUCAAAUUUGUAUGAUUGUUUCGCCUAACGGCUAAAUUUUUUGGCCGAUAACUGACACCAGGUUAAUUCCAUCGAGACCCUCAUUGAACGGCUGAUCGUAAGUCAGUAAAAUUAUGAAUUUGAAUUUCGUCAUGUAUACGGAAACGUUGAUGACAUUAAUUAUUUUGUAAGAAUAUGCUUAUGAUCUUUUCUCUUUUAUCAUCGUAUCUGACCGUGGAGUCAAGAUCAAGAUAAUGAGUUCAAUUAUACACCCGCCAUUGUGUUUAAAUACUCGCUGAUGAGAUUAUGCUUAUUAUGACUAAUAAAGUACAGUGACAUACUUGUGACAUAACGGCUUACAUGGGGGGUCACAGGCACGCCAGGACACCACCCCCUCCCCCUUUAGCUACGCGAUUGUCUCAAUAAUCAGCAAAAUGGAAGAUGACACAUUUAGGAUCCAUCCAUCUAGAUGUUAGUAAGUUCUGAAGUUUCCUGAUUCUUGCUAACGAUUCACUUCUGGGUGAAUGACGUUUCAUUCGAUUUGUUUCACAAAUGAUCAAAAAUGAAUAACGUUCUAUGUGUAAAGAAGUACUAUAAUUUGUUGUUCGUUGGUUUUAUUUUGAGUUUUUCAUUAUUUUAAUUUUCAAAUGCCAUACAGGAGUAGGGUAAAUAUAAAUGAUUAGCAAGAAGAGUGAGUAGAAGAAUUAAUCCACCGUUUUAGAAAUAGCAGAAGUUAAUUUUUAUAGAAUGGAUCAUUUAUUGAUACGGCACAUGUCCAUAAUUUCCUAAGUUUAAUGAGCACUGCUGAGCAUUUAAUUGCGACUGUUUUAAUUUUUAGUCGAUUUUUACUACAAAUGAUCGCCAAUAAAUGGCGGUCAUUGUAAUCAAGAAGGCUCAUUAGUUUUAGUCCUCAGUGCUACCUACCUAAGUUCGCGGGAAUACCGUGAAAACUUAAGGGUAAUUAUCAUAGAACGGCAACAAUAACAUGUCGCCUGAUAUCUGUGUAGAGGUUUCUCUUGAUAAAGGAGAAAAGUGAGAAAACGAAGGAAUCGUUUGCAGUGUUAAAUCAACAUUGUAGAAAGGCGAAAAACUCAAUUUGCGUUCUGAUAUAAAUCGUAACUAUAAUGAUGAUUAUAAAACAUUAAUAACAAUGAUUAUGCUACCAUAAUGGUGAUGAUGAUGAUGAUGAUGAUGGCAAUGUUAACGAUGGUAAUGAUAAUUACAUUGUUACUUGACGCCAAAGAUCUGUAUUCUAUACUGAAAAGUAUCUCUGUAUUUGUUGAUUUUUAAUCAUGUCAGGCACUGCGGGUGACUCACUCAGCCGUGAACGAGGCCAGCCAUUUACCACCAAAGACAACGAUAACAAUGGUUCUGUAAAUAACUGUGCCACGGAAUCCAAAGGAGCCUGGUGGUACCAGUCAUGUCAUUACUCCAACCUGAAUGGCCUGUACCAUCAUGGACAGCACUCCUUCGCAGGUGAUGGUGUGAAUUGGUAUCACUGGAAAGGAUAUCGAUACUCUUUGAAGAGGACCGAGAUGAAAUUUAAGCCAGUGGAUUUCUGA